AUGCUUGAUUUCAAUUGGGAAGUGGGAGCAUAUUUUGUGGAAAAAGAAGACAUCCUUGAUGCCAUCAAAAGUUAUGCAGUAGAAAAUGGGAAAUAUUUGAAACUUGUUAAAACUGAUAAAAAAAGAAUAAGGGUUAAAUGUUUAGGAUCAAAAGGAGAAUGUCCGUGGAGGGCACAUUUUGGUUUCAUGGAUGCAGUAAAGUCAUGGCAACUGAGGACUAUGGUUGACAGACAUACAUGCAGUAGGGAACACAAGUUGCGGCUAUUCAAUGCAAAAUGGCUUAGUAGAAAAUUGGAAAAAACAAUCAGAGAGAAUCCUAAUGUAAAGGGAGUUGAUAUUAGAGAUAAAAUUACUAGGAAAUGGAACAUAAAAAUAUCUAAGAAUAUGGCUUACAGGGCCAAAGCCUAUGCAUCAGACGAAGUGGCAGGGUCCUUCAGUAAGCAAUAUAGUAGAAUUUAUGAUUACGCUCAUGAGUUAUUAGCAAGAAACCCUGGGUCCACAAUCAAGGUAAAAGUUGAGUCAUAUGAUGGGAAACCAAUAUUCAAGAGGUUUUACGCAUGCCUAAAGGCAUGCAAAGAUAGCUUUGUCUCAUGCAGGCCAAUCAUUGGCCUUGAUGGAGCCUUUUUGAAAGGCAGACAUCAUGGUGAGCUAUUAACUGCUAUGGCUCGAGAUGCAAACAACCAAAUGUUUCCACUGGCGUAUGCAAUCGUAGAAGUUGAGAACAAGGAGACGUGA